UCUUUGUAACAUAAAUUUAAUUAAAAAAACCCCUAAAAUCGCAUCGCUUUUCCUAUAAAUAGCACCUUCCUCAACCUUAAAAAUCUUCCCUCGCCAUCUUUUGGAACUGCAGCUGUAAGAUUGGUUUCUUAUCGGAGCGGUUUGAUCUGCGAUUCGUAGAGAUUUUAUUUUAUUUUUAUUGCGAAUUUGAGAAGUUUUCGAUUAGGUUAUGAGACGAUGCUGAGGAAUAAGAUUAGAGCACUUCACUCAUUCUCGGCAGUUUUCCUGUAUUGGUUCUAUGAAUUUGCACGCUAAGCCCUAAUUUUGUUCAGUUUUAAUUUUAUUUUUAUAUUGAUUUAUUUAAUCAGAUCCAGAGAAAACUGCUAUAGGGUUUAGUAAGCAUUAUUUGAUUGUAAAUAAUCGAAUCGCUCGAUCGAUAACGUUUUGAGGAAUGGCUUCGAAACAAUUGCCAACGAGCCCAGGCUCGGACGGUGAUGAAAGGAAGAGGAAGAGGAAACUUUCCAAUCGCGAAUCUGCGCGUAGGUCUCGGAUGAAGAAGCAGCAGCGCUUGGAUGAGCUGCUUGAAGAGGAGGGCCGGAUAAAGGAGGAGAACAAGAAGCUGAGCCAGAUGAUUGAUGCCACUACUCAGCUGCACUUGAACGCCGCGUCCAACAAUAAUGUGCUGAGGGCUCAGAUUGCUGAGCUCACUGACCGCCUCAGGUCGCUCAAUUCUGUGCUUCAGAUUGCCUCUGAGGUGAGUGGCCUCGUGAUUGAUAUCCCGGACAUCCCGGAUACAUUGCUCGAGCCAUGGCAGCUGCCUUGCCCGAUUCAGUCUGCCCCGGCUUCUGUUGAUAUGUUCCAAUGCUGAAAUGGUGGCUGAGGAUGCUUGUGAUGGUGAAAGGUUGAUAUUGUAGUAUUAGGUGUAGUCACAUAUCUUGGUCCUACAAUUGUUAUCACAAGAAAGAUUAGGUUGUUGUUGGAUUUGCUCAUUUGCACUGUUCUUAUGAAUUCUAUUUAAUUGAAAUUCCCCAUCUUUAUGCUCUUGA